GGACGAGAUCAUUCACCAUCCACAUGGCCUUGGAUUGGAUUGGAUUGGAUAGAGGCGUUUUAUCACCUGAUGGAUGGAAGUUAAUCGUCACUCUGGGCCUAUCUACCGCUAGGCUGGGUUGAUAUAGGAGAAGGCUAAAUGAGUUCGUCAGCUAUGGCAACCAGAAGGAAACGAAAAACAGUGGAGGAAAAUGAGGUACCAAGACCAGCAAAAGUUCCGCAUAGAAGUAGUUGCUGUAGACCGGCCAUCACUGCAGGGUCAGCAGAAUCAGAAGCAGAGAAAGCAAGAUGGGAUUUCUACCCUAUCGAUCUUGAAAGUGCUAGGUCAGGAAAUCAUGGACCAAGACCUGUACGAGUAUAUGCCGAUGGGAUUUUUGACCUCUUCCAUGCAGGACAUGCCAGAAUGCUAGAGCAAGCCAAGAAUAUCUUUCCACCUGAAGUCUACCUUAUAGUUGGAGUGUGUAGUGAUAAACUAACACAUUGUAUGAAAGGACAAACUGUAAUGAACGAAUGGGAACGUUAUGAAGGUUUGCGGAACUGUCGGUAUGUUGAUGAAGUUGUAGAAGACGCUCCAUGGAUAGUUACACCAGACUUUCUAGAACUCCACAAGAUUGACUUUGUAGCCCAUGAUGAUAUACCUUAUGGAGCAAAGGGGGGAAUCGAUGAUGUCUACAAAGAUAUCAAAGCAGCUGGCAAGUUUGUAGCAACCCAGCGAACGGAGGGGGUGUCGACAUCGGAUAUAAUAGCACGACUAGUAAAGAAUUAUGACCAGUUUGUGAGAAGAAAUCUUGCCAGAGGGUACACUGCCAAAGAAUUGAAUGUCAGUUUCUUUAAUAAAACCAAAAUCAACAUGCAAGAAAAAUUCGACCAAACGAAGAAAAAGAUGAAAGAUGUGAAAACGAUGUCAAAAGAUUUGAUGAACAAAGGACGAGACAAAUCAUUUGAGAUUAUCAACAGGUGGGAUGAGCGAUCAAGGGAGAUCAUCGGUAGCUUCCUUGAUCUGUUUGGGAGUGAGGGCGCACUAAAUCGAGCUCUCAUAGAUGGAAGGACGAUCAUCCAACGAGCCAUAUCCCCACCCAGUAGUCCGACCCGUGCAUCAUCCGCCGCCUCGUACGGCAGUGAUGAGAAUGAUGGUGAAGAAGAACAGGAUGAAGUAGUGAACCAUAGAGAUAGCAUCCAAGUAGAUGAGUACAGUGAUGAUGACCUUCCAUAAUAUAGAGUAUUUUAAUAUAGAAUAAAUUUAAGUCACAAAGCAAACAAUAAAGAAAGCAAAUUAAUACUAGAGUCAGGUAAUAUAAGUAUCACGUAAGCUGGACACUCACUGCAUUGUAGGUCGGUUGUACGACCGUCGGUCAAUGAAUAAUGAAUCCAACUCCGCUGCCUGUAACAAUGCGGUGCCGUCUGCUGAUAGUUAGUGGCAGCUUAAACGGAUCAUCUUUAACGCGUUGGCUGCCCGCGACAAGUAUACCCACCGACAGGUGUUGCUGAGGGCACCAGGGACAAGUGUACUCGUCAAAAUCGAGGUAACAUUCUAGCAUGUGUAACUUCUUUGUAAUAAAUUGUAGAACCACAGAAUCAGCGGCUGGUAGUUUGGGGUAAAUACACCUAGAAGAUAACGUACAAAUGAAGUAUGUAUGUUUGUUGUGUUAUGUUGCCGGUAGUACACUUGAGCGGCACAAGUGGGGGCGCCCUUUGAACAUAUAUACCAACCCGUGCAAAAAGCGGACAAGAUAACUCACACUUGGCAUGGUCAAUAAAAAGUGCUAUCACAGUGCCGCCUACGAGUUCACUCGUCCCCUAAUAUUUUCCCGCCAAUUUAUUAGACACAUCAUUUUGAUGACAUAUGACUAGAUAAAAUUUCCAAAAAGUAUGUUUGUGCAUGUAAACUUGUUUUGGCACACGGGAAGGAACCUUACAAAAAAGGUCUGGCAGUGAACGUGUUAAUACCGAUCUGUUGCGCGAGCAUCGUAGCAUUGCGUUGUCUUUAGAAUUGCAUCAGGUGCAGUGAGUGGCCAGCUUUAUAGCGUCAACAAUAUUUGUUUGUCAGAAAGUUACAUGUGCAAUUUUUAGUGAUUUUAAAGUAAUUCCCAUACUUGCCUCAUAGUCUAGCAUAAACAGCAAUUAACCUUGUUAUAAUUGUGUUAUAAGAAUUUAUUAUUCUUAUAUGGAUUGCCACAACAUUUAGUAUACCCGUUAUUAACAUUGUUUUAACAACCUCACAAUCAAAACCCUCAAAGGUGGCACCAGUGGUGUACAGGGCCCGCUAUUGGGGAGAGCUUCCCCCUAAACCCCCAUGCCGGUGAGGAAAAAAAAUCUAUCGACUUUAUACAAUUGUUAGACUCUCUCAUAUCUUUUGUGGGAUUUUCCCUCUGGACCCCCUCCAAGGAAUUCUGCAAUAAUCCCUGGUCAGUAUGUUCACCUAUAGGACAGCCAGUUAGUAUGCAUACAGAGUCAGUUAAUAUAAUUUUAUGAAGGACUUGAAGUGGUAAGUACACUUACCAUUGUCAACAAAUUAAAUUGAAAAGUUGGCAUUAAUUUGUUAUAUUAAACACCUUCACUGAUCGUUAAUACCUGAUGGAGUAGAGCUGUACCUUGGUGGUCCUCACCCACCAAUACCAUAACCCUGGGUUUAACCCUUUGGAACACAAUGAUUUAAAAAAAAAAUAAAAUCAAGUCCACUUCCCCACUGCCUUUCUCAACAUGGUAAUUUCACAGAGAUAUUUCUAACACUACAGUGAACAUCCUCACGUUAAGUUGGUAUUAACUGGUAUAUAUUACACACCUUCAACAUUCAUCAAUACCAGACUCGAUGAAGUAGAUUUGUAGCUUGGUGGUGCUAACCCGGUGUUCAAUCCUUAAUAAGGCAAAAAUAGACAUAAGAAAUUGAGUACAGUAUAUAAUAAUUUUUGUUUCUAAUAAAGCCAAAGCAUGUGUUACUUUAAUAUGUUGCUGAAGCCUGAUCAACCCGAAAAAUAUAUCUAUGGUGCGUUUUUUUUCUAGUCAUAAUUUUCUUUGACCAAGGAGACUAAAAUGUAUGUAGUAUGUAAAAGGCAAAGACAGAUGAGUGUAUCUAGAGCGGUUAUUAGGGUGGCUAGCCCCACCCCUCCCCUACCCUUAAAAAAAAAAUGCUCCUCUAACCAAGUAUUAGAAACUAAGUAACAUUCCUGUAGUCAAGAUGUCUUGUAAGGAGCAUGGGGAAAAAGUGCAUUCUCCAGGCCCCCAUCUUAAGAUCUGUUAACUCUGCCUAGCAACUUCAGAUCCUCCACUGUAAAUGUCAGUAUAAUUAAAUUUGGUAUCUUAACCAUUGAUUGAUGCCCUGUUUUGAUUGGUUAUUUGUUAUUAAAAGUUUGGUUGACAUUCCAGAAAAGUCCAUUGUCAUUGUACUUUUCGCCUAAUGCAUCUUCUCUUGAGGAUUUAAAUUUUUUUCGGUGCAGCUAUGGUGUUUGGAACAACUAAAAAUAAUGACUGGAUUUAUUAAUGAAAGUGUGGCAGUCACAGUAGUUAUGUAAUAGAUUAGGAUCCAGCAAUGGUCGUUUAAAUAAGGAUAGUAUUUUUGAUCACAGUAUUGGGAAAAUAGUGCAUUUUGACUCAUUAUGCCAGCAAAUGAAAAUGCAAAGAAAUCACAUCAACAGUAAUGUGUUUUAUUUAGAAUAAUUAAAUGUGUAUUAAUAGAUUUGGUUUUGUAUGAUUCUUAUAGAUUCACAAAAGUAAAAAGCAUACUCCAAGCACCGAUGAUUACCCAGUGAAAGGUAAAAAUAUUGUAUCCCAGGACGAUAAUUACAUGUAUUUUUUAACUAUAUAAUCAAUUGUUUUAAAAUUUCGAUGCUUUUAAUUUAUGAAUAUUAAUUUGCUCUGAAAUAUGUGAUGUGUAUUACUGUGGUAGUCAUAGUGCUCAAUUGUAAGUUUAAUAGAAUACAGUAUGUAUUGGCUAUGCUAUAAUGGAAGUUAUGUUUUCUACUAAGCGAUUAAAUAUUAUCGCUUCACCCAAAUAUGUUCGCUUAGUAGAAAACAGGAUUAAAGGGACUUUUUCUAUUUAAUUAGGAAAAUAUUAUAUCAGUGAAAAUAACCAUUAUUUUGGUUAGUUGUAAAUGAAAUUUAUCUGAGAUAUUUUAGUAAUAAUAAAAAUAAUUAUAUAAUUUUAAGCUUCAUAAUAUUUUUAUUUCAUUGAAAAUUAUUAACUGAGGACUUGUUCUUCCAUGAGGUCAUUGUUUUGAUGGAAAAUAUAUUUUAAUCUAUUUUAUAUUAAUUGUUUAUUAAUUUAAUUUCAUCUUUUGUGGAUGAUUUAUUGUUGACUGUUUCGUUGCUAUAAUUUUUUUUCAUCAAUACAAAACGCAUACUGCAUGUGUUGUCUAUUUUGUGUCGAAUGAAAGACGCCCUCUAUGGGUUUUGGAUUGUCAAUGUGCUGCUUUAUGAACCCACCACAGAUUUAUGUUAACGACACAACCACUGUGUGCUUUUGGUCUCUCACUAAGCAUGUGGUUAUAUCAAAUAUAUUAAUAUGUCUUCUCUCUAAGUAUCUUCUUUCUCGAAAAUAAUACAGUUUAUUCCAUGAAAACAACACAAGCCACAAGUAGUGAUUUUGUAUUACUGUAUUAUAGCGUGAGGAUGAUUUAAUACUCGUUAUGUUAACGACACAAAUCACUGUGUGGUUUUGGUCUCUCACUAUAUAUAUUAUGUCUUCUCACUUAGCAUCUUCUUUCUCGAAAAUAAUAAAAUGUAUUUCAUGAAACAACAUAA